GGCUGGGCCGGGAGAGGCUGGCGCGGCGGGCGGCUCUGCAAAUCCUCCGGCAUCCGCCCCGGCGGGGCGCCCCCGCCUGCGGCAGCCCCCCGAGCAGCGGCCCGGCACCGGUGCCUUCCCGGCGGGGAGUGAACCAUGGAGCUGCGUGUGGGGAAUAAGUACCGCCUGGGCCGGAAGAUUGGGAGCGGGUCCUUCGGAGACAUCUACCUAGGUGCCAAUAUCGCCUCUGGUGAAGAAGUCGCCAUCAAGCUGGAGUGUGUGAAGACGAAGCACCCCCAGCUGCACAUCGAGAGCAAAUUCUACAAGAUGAUGCAGGGGGGAGUGGGGAUCCCAUCCAUCAAGUGGUGCGGGGCCGAGGGGGACUACAACGUGAUGGUCAUGGAGCUGCUGGGGCCCAGCCUCGAGGACCUCUUCAACUUCUGCUCCCGCAAGUUCAGCCUCAAGACCGUGCUGCUCCUGGCCGACCAGAUGAUCAGCCGCAUUGAGUACAUCCACUCCAAGAACUUCAUCCACCGGGACGUCAAGCCUGACAACUUCCUCAUGGGGCUGGGGAAGAAGGGCAACUUGGUGUACAUCAUUGACUUCGGCCUGGCCAAGAAGUACCGGGAUGCCCGCACCCACCAGCAUAUCCCCUACCGGGAAAACAAGAACUUGACUGGCACUGCCCGCUACGCCUCCAUCAACACCCACCUGGGCAUCGAGCAAAGCCGUCGAGACGACCUGGAGAGUCUGGGCUACGUUCUCAUGUACUUCAACCUGGGCUCCCUGCCCUGGCAGGGCCUCAAAGCGGCCACCAAGCGCCAGAAGUACGAGCGGAUCAGCGAGAAGAAGAUGUCGACGCCCAUCGAGGUCCUCUGCAAAGGCUACCCCUCCGAGUUCUCCACAUACCUCAACUUCUGCCGUUCGCUGCGGUUCGACGACAAGCCCGACUACUCCUACCUGCGCCAGCUCUUCCGCAACCUCUUCCACCGGCAGGGCUUCUCCUACGACUACGUCUUCGACUGGAACAUGCUCAAAUUCGGGGCUUCCUCGAGCCAGGCUCAGCCCCGCGACAGCGGAGCUGUUGCACUGCCCAGCCCCCGCCCCUGUCCCUGUGCCGGGCCGGCGAACCCACCCGUGUACUGGUGCCCGGCGCCCCUGGGCACCCAGGGCCCUCCACAUAGGCCCGUGGAGGAGGUGGAGGAGCUGCCCCCCCAAAACUACUGGCCUGUGGUCUGGACUGCAGGGCCCCAGUUCUGACAUCACCGGGUGUGCCCAAGCCCAUCGGGGCCAGGCCCGAGGAGACAUCCCUUGACGUGGUGGGGGUAGAGUGGAGAGGGCAUGCGGAGGAGCCCCUGCUGUGAGAUUCUUGGGGACGAAUCAGCUGCCUGAUGAACAGAGCCUGAAAGAGACACGAUGUUCCUUGCCCUGGAGGGCCUGGUGGCAGUGGACCCCAGGAACAGCCUUGGCCAGACCCCGCCGGCAGCCUCUGUAUUGAACCUGAACUCAUUAAACGCCCCUACCUGGAGUGCGUGUCCUCCUGACUGCCUCUUUUCUUGGCGGGCACCCUUCUGCCGGAUGCUCAGGACAAGGCCUUGUUCUCCAGGACCCUGGGAUCGGCGGUUGGUCUCUGGUUGGCGCUCUCUCUGACUCUCAGACAGUGGCCUAAGGAGCAGGGCGGAGAUUGGGCGGAGGAUGAAAAUGUCCCAUAGGCUGGAGGGCCCCGGGGGUGGGAGAUGGGCAGUGGCAGCAUCACUGCAGACCUUCUGGCUAGGAGCGCAGCUCUCACCCCAGGGCGCUGCUUAGGGCACUGUGCACACCCUCUCACCCUUGUACAGAGGUGUUCGUGAGUCUGGUUCGGGGUCAAGUUUGGCCCUUCCUCUUAGUACAUCUCCGAGAAUGGAUUUUGCAAAGUCGGCCUGUGCCCGCCAAUGUGGUAGCCACUGGCUACAUGUGGCUAAUUUUUCAUUAAAGUUAAUUAAAGCUGAAAACAUACUUCCUCAGUUGCGUUUGCUAUAUUUAAAGUUCUCAGGAGCCACAGGUGGCCAGCUAGUGGCUGCCACACCUGUCAAGGUGGAUGUGAACACAUCCGUCAUCGCAGAAAGUCCAGGGGCACCUGCAGCUCCAGAUGGCUCCUCAAAGAGCCUCUCAUGGGACCAUCCAGCCUAUAAGAUCUCGCCUCAAGCCAGGCCGGGAGCACUGUCUGCACCCGUUGCUGGCACCCUGACCCUUUCCUGGAGUUCCCGUCGAGGCAGGCUCUGGAGCCAAAAGCUGAGCAGAGAUGCCAACCUCCCGCACCAAUCUCUGACUUGAGGGCCAUCGGACUGGAUGACUGGGCACCUCUGACCCCGUCCCCACUAUGGCGAGCUUGACCACCUCCAGCGGCCCUUGGCGGAAGGAUCUGUGGACAUGCCCUGGGGACCUUCCAUGUUUUCACCUCAAGGCCAAGCUCCUUCCACAUCACCCCUCUUGCCCUGCCUGCAAUAAGCCUUCACCAGCACCUACCAGCAGACUGGACACCAUGCUGGGCACCGAGGGCUGCAAACUCUUCCAUGGGAAGGAUCCUGUCCUUGACUGAGAACUUCCCUCCUUGGAGGGGCAACGCCGUAUUGUUCAGCAUCAGGGCCCUGGAGUCCCCGGAUACCUGGAGCCUGGAAGCUGCACAGAACCACUGUAUUCUGAAGUCUAACCAGCCGGCCAGGUGGAAACUUUGACACUGCCGAGGACAGGGGUCUGCACGACACAGGGGAAGGCUCGUGUGACUUGGACGUUGACUUUUUGUG